AUGGGUGCGUUCGGCAUGGAGCGUUUUGCUGCUCCUCGUUUGUCAAUAAACACAACCCCGCCCCGCCCGCCAGUUGAACGUCUCGAUCCAUCACUUUCCUCUUUUUCUCAAUCUUUUUUCCUUUCUUCUCUCCGUACAAAAUCCAUCCAUCUGCACGCCAUCCAACAAUCAAACAAAUCCCUUCUUCUACGUGUGUUCUGGGUUUACGCAUUCAUUGCUUGCUUCUCAUGGAGUCGAUCUGGAGUCAAAAUGGUGUUGCUCGAUAGAUACGUAUAUCAAAGACUAUCGAUAUGGUUGAUGAGCAAAGGGAACACUCCAUUGAAGCUCAAUAAAGCUACAAAAGCAAAAGUAGCAAAAUUCACCGAAUCCAUGUGGAAGCUUACAUAUUAUGCUAUUAUUGAAUUUACUGUUCUUGCUAUUACUUCUCAUGAGCCUUGGUUUACAGACAUAAAAGGAUAUUUUAGAGGCUGGCCAAAUCAAGAACUAAAGUUUUCUCUAGAACUUGUGUAUAUGUGUCAAUGUGGGUUCUAUGUUUAUAGCAUUGCUGCUCUUGUUUUGUGGGAAACUCGAAGGAAAGAUUUCUCUGUGAUGAUGUCACAUCAUGUAAUCACUGUUUUUUUAAUUGGCUAUUCCUACAUUACAAGGUUCUUUCGAAUCGGAUCUGUAGUUCUUGCAGUUCAUGAUGCAAGUGAUGUGUUUCUUGAAGGAGCUAAAAUGUUCAAAUACUCGGGUAAAGAAGUAGGGGCAAGUGUGGUAUUUGGAAUGUUUGCAUUCUCAUGGCUUAUACUUAGACUCAUAAUCUUUCCUUUUUGGGUCAUAAGAGCCUCAAGUGUCCAUCUUCUAGAAGCUUUGAGGCCUUCAGAAGUGUAUCAUAUGAGUUUGUACUAUGUUUUCAAUACCAUGUUGUUGACUCUACUUGUGUUUCAUAUCUAUUGGUGGAUUCUUAUCUUCAACAUGAUAAUGAGACAACUCAAGAACAGAGGACAAGUUGGUGAAGAUAUUCGAUCUGAUUCGGAUGAUGAUGAUUAGUUUGAUGAAGGGAAGGAAGGUUACAGAGUUUUAUACAGCCCUACAGUAGCUAUGUAUGAAAUUAGGGUUGGAGUUUGAUUCAUGAUCAUCAAUCAUCAUAUAUCAUAUGUUUCCUACUUAUUAGAUUACAUACAUUUUAUUCUUUUGACUCAUGCUUAAAUAGAAAAAGGCUAUCAACUAGUUUCUUGACACUUUUUCUUUCUUGAAUUUGGAUCUUUUGUGUGGGAGGAAAAAAGAAAGGGCAAAUAGGUAAAAGGGUUAGUGUCUUAACCCAUUAAGCCAUGUUUUUUUUUUUUGGUUUAACUUCUUGAGUUCUUUUGUGUGAUUAAAAUUCCCUUGAAACAUAGUUUGUGUAUGGCAUUGUUUGUUCGGAUUCUAAGAAUGCUAAAAACUUUAACAAAUAAGCCAUACACGAAUUUAGUGAUUUACUUGAUUUUGUGC